AUGAUUCGCGUUUCGGGCCACGGGCCGCGGUUUCGCGCAGACGGCACGGGCGGCGGAUUAGGCGUGGGGCGCGGCGCGUGGCGGCGGCGCGGGCGCGGGCGGCGCCAAGAUGCGGCGCCCGCAACCAUGACGCUGCCGCCGCCCGCGCGCCCCGCGCACUACCCCGCCGCGCACCGCGCAAUGCGCUAUUACCGCAUCUGGAUCUACGCGUGCAACGGGGCACUGCUACUGGGCGCGCUCGCGUUCUGCGCGGCGGCGGGGCGUGCGCUCGCCGACUACCGGCGCGCUCUCGUCCCCGGCCUCGGCGCCGCACAGCCGGGCUUCCUCUACGGUUACGCGGCGUUGCCAGCUCAGGCCGGCCUGCUGCAGCUACUCGGCUGCCUUGCCGCACUCCGCCUGUCCGAGCGCAUGCUCAACGCGUACUGGCUCGCCCUGCUGGCUCUGCUGGUCGGGGACGCAGCGAUCGGUGUCUAUUGGGCGUUCCGCUUCGAGCGCGUGUGCAGAGAGCUCCGGCCCCAGUUGCGCAUACGCCUCGCGAAGGAGUACGAUUCAGACGUCAAUUUCUCCGAGGCGUGGGACCGACUGCAACGCGAGCAGCGCUGCUGCGGUGUUACCGGUCCAGCAGAUUUUGCCGCUUUCAAUCGCUCAGCACUACCACCAAGUUGCUGUCGGAUACCGGCGCACACGCCAGCCGUCACUCCUGGAUCACUCGCAGUGAUAUCAGCCACGUCAUCAGCGCCAUUCACACCGGUUCAUUGCGCGCCGCAUACGGCAGCGUGUGCCGAGAGGUUGCUCUCUUGGCUGCGUCGUACGGCGGACGCACUCUUCGUUCUCGGGUACUGUGUAAUAGCGUUUUUGAAAUUGUGCUUCCUUGGUAUACUAAGAUACGAAAUAAAGGAGAUGAUUCAGAAAAUCAGAAUACUAAGAAGCGAGUUAGGUGCCGGGGAGCUGCUCGACGGAAGCCCCAUGCACGGGGGCCCGCUGUCUCAGACCGUCGUUGUGAAUGCUGUCAAUGCAAACGGCGGCGUCCGGACACACGGGGGAAGUCCGGAAAGGGCGGGGGAGAGGGAGGCGCUGCUGGGCAGGGCCUCGGAGCCGUGCUCGCGUCGAAGCGUGCACGACGAGCCCCUCGGCCUUAAGACCAUAAACGGCAACAACAACUGCGAGAUGCGGGAGCUUGCGCGCGGCGACUACCGACCCCUCGCGGCGGACAGCGCGGCGACCAGGAUC